UCCACAUUGUGCCUCCCAAACCCUACCAGCCACCACUUCUCCCCUUAAACCCUAGCAGCCACCAUGCGACUCUCAAACCUUAACCGCGAUAGCCACCAGCCCACCACUUCUCCUUUCUUCUUGCUGUCAGCAUGGACUUCCGAUGAGCUACGCCACCACAUCCGCUUCUCUCUUCCCCUCGUCGCAACGACCCUCUAAGUCAGCGCCAACCACCACUUAUCCUCUGUUGCCUGCUUCACCGUCAUCAGGUUCGAGGAGGAACCUUCACGCGCUUCUUUUCUUUUACUGCAUCUUCCUUAGAUCUGAGUAUGGAAGUUGAAGACGAUAUCAACAGAUCUAGGUUUCUUCCAUCUGUUGCACUUUCAUUAGCCUCAGAUCUUUUGCACAAGUGAGUAAAGCUCGACGAGGACAGACGAGAAGACAAAGAAGACACUCACGAAGAUGAGGAGUUGAAGAAGACGCUUGCUAGCAGUUUGCCUUACUAUUUCAUAGUGUCACAGGGGAUAAAUGACAUUGAAAAAUAGUCCAGGUGUUCUUAUUUGAAUGAAAGUGGUACUUAACACAACUAUUGUGCUUUGUUUUAAUUUGUGAAAUUUUGUACUCAUCACUGGAAAGCAAAGAAUUUCUUCCUCUUCACUAUUCUUUUCCUCAUCGGUUACCAUUUAACCGAUCUGAUUAACCCGUACCCACAACACCCGAGGUCCGACCAAACCGACGCUUUACACGGACGGUGGCAGACCUGGGUUUUUGGUGAUUUUCACCGAACAAAACCGACGCCAGCGGCCAAAACCAACUGUAACCGGCCAAUGGACAACCCUAGUUUCAUGCCUCAUUAGAGAGGAUUUCUGAAACUAUGGGGUUCACAUGUUUUUUUGCCCCUUCCACUUGUUUUCCAUUGUGAUCCAAACAAUAAAAAACUCCCCUUUUCAUGUGUAAUCCUUCCAUCUAACUUCCUUCCUUUCAUAUUACCGAGAAACAAACGUAGAACAAGAGAAAAUUACAUUCACCUCUCGUGAAGUAUUCUAAAUUCAUUUUUUUGGUUGAAGCAUUCUAAAUUCUAAUACUUCAUUGAGCAUCCUUUGUAAAAUCUAAUUGACACAAUUUACCCCUUUUCUAACGGGAGUAGACGGUGACCGACUAGCAGACCUUCACCAUUUCAGCACUCACCUCCACCAAGCUCCUUGUCGUCACCCUCCUCCCGGAGCUUCUUGGCCAAAACCUGUCACCGGUCCUCCACAGCACCACCCUUCACCGCCGCAAACAACCACACCGCGCCUCGGAGUCGGAGCUGUCAUCACGUCGCACCUGACUUCGUAUUCACACAACAAAACUAAAUCGGGUAUGAAAUAAUUGCCUUCCUUAACCUCCUCCUAUUUUAAUUCACACACGUUCCUCCAUUCUACCUCUCUUCAUUCAUUCCCUCUCUCACAUUCCAUUGCUUUUAAUUUGGUUGUUGCAAAGUUUCUUGGUUGUUAAUUUUUUGGCAAUCGAAACUUGAAAAUGCUAGAAUACCUCCAAUAGAGAUUGUCUCUCUCUGAUAACGAUAAGGAAUGUGAGGGAUUUUGAAUUUUCACAAAUUACAGGGGUGUGGCUGCAAUUUCCACUAACAAUAAAUAUAUGAGAGAUGUAAUUACUUUAAGACGACUAGUUUGACUUGGACUGUACGAGAGUUGCCAAUAAAAAGGUGUAAGGUGUGGCGUUCCAAUAACGUGUAGCACGUUCUUGGGCGUGCUUGGGAGAGACAUGUCCACUUAAUAUCAUCUAAGAACUUCUGAAGAUCAGUCUCAUGACGGUCGGUAUGGAAUACAUUAUGAAACCAAAAUGAAAAGGCGUGGCUUCAUCUUACCUGUUUCCUCUGCUCUGCAUAUUUUCUUUCAACUCCAUCCAUGUUUUCCUUAAGAUCUGAUCCCUGUCCAGAGUGGAUCUACGAUGUCCUUUUGAGUUAUUGUGUUAAUGAUGACUCUGCUAAAUCUUUUGCAUCACUUCUCUACACCACUCUCACAGAGGCUGGAGUUGAUGUUUUCAAGGACGAUGGCAAGCUUAGAAGUGGCGAUCAGAUAUCAUAUUUCUCCUCAGUGCUUCAUGCAAUCGGAGUUUCUAGAAUUUCCAUCAUUGUUUUCUCAAGAAACUAUGCUGCAUCUCAAUGGUGUAUGGAAGAGUUGGAAAAAAUAAUGGAGUGCCGCAGAACCAUAUCUCAGAGGGUAAUCCCUGUAUUCUAUGAAGUAGAUCCCUCUGAUGUAUUUAUGCAAGAAGGUGCGUUUGGAGAAGGUUUUGAAGACAAAUUGAUAAGUUGGAGGGCAGCUCUCAGUGAAGCUAACAACAUAUUAGGACUUCACUCAGUGGAUUCAAGUCACCACUUGUUAUUUUCUAUUACAUUCUAUAGGAGGGAACACGACGAGAUCAACAAAGUAGUUGAAGAUGUUAUGGAAGAUGUUAAGGCAGACUUGCUAGCCUUCAGACAAUCGAAGGAUCUAGUGGGGAUAGAAUCUCGUGUGCAAGAUGUGGUUCGACUGCUGAACAGCCAACAAUCACAACAUCCACAAAUACUAGGGAUAUGGGGUAUGGCAGGGAUAGGUAAAACAACCAUUGCCAAAGAAGUUUUUUCUCGAAUUGGUCAUGGUUUUGAGGCUCUUGUAUUCCUUAAUAAUGUCAGGGAAUGCACACUAGAACAUGGGUUGCUUUCUUUACAGCAUAAGCUUCUUUCUACAAUCUUCGAAACAGAAGAACUACAGCUACAUUCAAUUGAAUCAGCAAAAAAGAUACUGCGGGAAAGACUUCAUGAUAGAAAAAUACUUGUUAUACUUGAUGACGUGAAUGAGCCAGAGCAGCUAAAUGCUCUGUGUGGAAGUCGUGACUGGUUUAGUUCGGGCAGUGUUAUAAUCGUCACCACAAGAGAUAGGCGUCUACUCAAGACGCUUGGAGUUGACCAUGUGUAUAGAGUGCCAGAGCUGGACCAAAUUGAGUCUCUUGAGCUUUUUUGUUGGCGUGCAUUCAGCCAAGCAAGUCCUGGAGAAGAUUUUGUUGAACUUUCCAGAAAAGUAGUUGCUUACUCUGGGGGAUUGCCACUAGCUCUUAAAGUCACUGGGCGCACUGUGUUUGGAAGUGACGCAUCAGAGUGGAAGAGUCUGUUACCCAAACUCAAAAGAGAUCUCGAUCACAAACUUUACCGAGUUCUAAAAAGUUGUUUUGAUGAUUUAGACGAGACAGCUAAAGUAGUAGGCCUUGAUAUAGCAUGUUUCUAUAGCGGGAUGGACCGAAAUGAAGUGAUACAGAUGUAUGCAUUUUCAGCAGAAGUUGCAUUACAAGUUCUUCAAGACCAAAGCCUUUUAAUUAUUAAUGAGAAUAACAAGCUCAGAAUGCACGUUCUGCUGCAACAUGCGGGAAGAGAAUUCCAAAAGGAGAAGGUGUUGCAGAAGGUUGCUCUGGGAAAAAUCUACGACGUGUUCUUGAGUUUCAGAGGGAAAGACAGUCGCCCAAAAUUCGUUUCACAUCUCCAUACCUCUCUCGAAAAUGCUGGAAUAUAUGUUUUCAGAGAUGAUGAUGAAAUUCGGCGGGGAGAUACGAUCUCAGACUCAUUACUGCGAAGUCUCAGACAAUCUAGAAUUUGUAUUGUUGUUCUGUCAAAACAUUAUGCUAAUUCAAAAUGGUGCAUGCUAGAGUUGGAGAACAUAAUGGAAUAUCGCCAAACCAUGGGUCUGGUGGUUGUGCCAGUGUUCUACGAGGUAGAUCCCUCAGAUGUACGUCAUCAAGCAGGUGAGUUUGGAAAAGCUUUUGAGGAUCUUAUAACAAGAACCUCACUGGAUGAAGAAGACGACACUGUGCAAAAUUGUAGGACAGCACUCCUUCAAGUUGGUGGCAUAGCAGGUGUUGUCAUCAUAAAUUCCAGGAACGAAAGUGAGGAUGUCAAGAAAGUAGUUGAAGAUGUUACUGAUUUGCUUGGCAAGACAGACUUAUUCGUUGCUGAGCACCCAGUGGGGGUAGAAGCUCGUAUUCAAGAUGUGAUUCAACUUUUGCAUAGUCAUCAAUCCAAAGCUCCUUUGCUACUUGGGAUAUGGGGGAUGGGGGGGCUGGGCAAAACAACCAUUGUAAAAGCUGUUUAUAAUCAAAUUCGUCGUGAUUUUGAGGCUAAGAGCUUCCUCCUAAAUGUCAGAGAAGUUUGCGAACAAAAUAAUGGUAUAGUUUCUUUACAACAGAAGCUUCUUUCUGAUAUCUACAAAACAACCAAGAUAAAGAUAGAUAAUGUUGAAUCAGGAAGAGUGGAAUUGAAGAGAAGACUUAGCCAGAAGAAAAUAUUUCUUGUGCUUGAUGAUGUCAAUAGAUUGGACCAACUGGCUUCUUUGUGUGGAAGUUGUGAAUGGUUUGGCCAAGGAAGUAGAAUUAUCAUCACAACCAGAGAUGAAAAUAUAGUCAGCAGGGCAUUUGGAGUUGAGCUUGUAUAUAGAAUAAAAGAAAUGGAUGAGAAGGAAUCUCUUGAGCUUUUUAGUUGGCAUGCAUUUAAACAACCAAUUCCUGGAGAAGGCUAUGCUGACCUUUCAAGAGAUGUAGUUGAGUACUGUGGGGGAUUGCCGCUAGCUCUUCAAGUAAUCGGGUCCUUUUUGUUGACUAGGAGGAGGACUACAGAGUGGAAGAAUGUGCUGGAGAAACUCAAAGUGAUUCCCAAUGGUGAAGUAAUGGAGAAGCUAAAAAUAAGUUUUGAUGGUUUAAGUGAUGAUGAUAUUAAAGAAAUAUUCCUUCACUUAGCUUUUUUCUUUAUCGGGAUGGACCAACAUGAUGUAAUUAAGAUAUUGAAAGACUGCGAGCAUUUUGCAGAAAUUGGAAUAAGUGUGCUUGUACAACAAAGCCUUGUAACUAUUGAUAGGAAGAACAGGAUCGGAAUGCAUGAUUUGCUACGAGACAUGGGAAGAGAAAUCGUCCGCAAGAAAUCAGUAGAUGGGGGCAAGGAGCCUAGUAGAUUAUGGCAUUACCAGGAUCUGGAUUUUGUAUUAUCAAAAGAUACUAGAAAGACAGAUGUUCAGGGACUGACUUUGAAGUCUCCAGAAAUGGAUACAACUUAUAACUUCGAAGCCAAAGCAUUUGAGAAGAUGGAUAAACUUAGAUUGCUUCAACUUGCUGGCGUGAAAAUUGAUGGAGAUUACAAGUAUCUUUCAAAAGAUCUUAGAUGGCUUUGCUGGCAUAGAUUUCCUUUAAAAUACACACCAACAGACUUUCAUCAACAAAGUUUAGUUGCCAUUGACUUCAAAUAUUCCAAUCUGGAACAAGUUUGGAAGAAGUCCCAGUUGCUGAAGAAGCUGAAAUUUCUGAAUCUUAGUCAUUCUCCUAACUUGAGACAAACUCCAGACUUUUCAAACUUACCAAAUCUUGAAAAGUUAGUACUUAAAGACUGUUCUAGUUUGUCUUCGAUUUCUCAUACUAUUGGAAAUCUCAAUGAACUGGUUCUGCUAAAUUUGAAGAACUGUACAAGCCUUCAUUCACUUCCAAAAAGCAUCUAUAAGUUGAAGUCAUUAAAAACUCUUAUUUUGUCUGGAUGUUCAAAAAUUGACAAGUUGGAAGAGGAUAUAGAACAGAUGGAAUCUUUAACCAUCCUGGUUGCAGAUAACACUGCAAUAACAAGAGUUCCCUUUGCUGUAGUGAGAUCCAAAAGCAUUGGAUAUAUUUCUUUGUGCGGCUAUGAAGGAUUCUCACGUGAUGUAUUUCCAUCAAUUAUACGAUCUUGGAUGUCUCCAACUAAUAAUAUUUUAUUCCAAGUUCAAACAUCUUCUAUGGGCAUGUCAUCCCUUGAUAUCUUGUAUGAACAAAACAGUAGUUCAUCAGGUCUAUUCUAUGCUCUAAAGGAUCUUCAGAAGCUUCGACGCCUUUGGGUGAAGUGCGACUCAGAAGUUCAGCUGAAUGAAUGUGUAGAAAGAAUUUUGGAUGCACUAAAAAUCACAAAUUGUGCGGAAUUAGAAGCAACACCAAGCACAUCUCAAGUCUCAAACAAUAGUUCUGCUUUACUUGAUUGUCACAAUCAAGUUCGCAUUUCAGGGUCAAAACUUUCGUCGACUUCUCUUUUGAUACAAAUGGGAAUGAACUGCCGUGUCUUCAAUACUCUUAAAGAAACUAUUUUACAGAUGUCCCCCAUUGAGUCUGGUUUACUUCCCAGUGACGACUAUCCUGAUUGGUUAACAUUCAAUAGUGAUUGUUCUUCUGUAACUUUUGAAGUCCCUCAAGUGGAUGGGCGCAACUUGAGGACAAUCAUGUUCAUUGUCUAUUCUUCUUCCCCAGACAAUAUCACAUCAGAAGGCCUGAAAAAUGUGUUGAUGAUAAAUUGCACAAAGAACACCAUUCAGCUCUAUAAGAAAGGUGCAUUAGGAUCCUUUAAUGAAGAGGAGUGGCAGAAAGUAGUAUCAAACAUAGAACCUGGUAACAAAGUGAAGGUGGUUGUCUUUUUUGAGAAAGAAUUCAUUGUGAAGAAGACAUCAGUUUAUCUCAUAUAUGAUGUGCCAACUGACCAAAAGACAGAACACUGCCAUGAGCCAGAUAAGAGUGUUCCUGUUUCCGGUGGUGAUGAAAAUGACUUUUCUCAACCUGAAGGUAGCAACGCUGAUCCACCUCCUUGCUUAAAGAAAAAGAAAAUCAAGCAUAAGGAUACUCAAAAACCAAUUCCUAAUGACAUUGUUGAGAAAUUUCCAGAGAUACCUGGAGGUGAAGCUGUAUAUGUUUAUAGAGAGGCUGAUCGAAACGUUCCCCCAGAAACUCAAGGUCCUCAAAUUCCUCCUUCUGGUAUUCCCACUCGAACCAACAUAGAAGUUCCUUCUCCUCCAAUAGAAAAUCCACUCAAAGAAGCUGCUGUUUCUGAAAAUGAGCCUCUUCAGAAUCCAUUUCCAAAGAUUGUUAAUCCUUCAGGUCCAACUUCUGAAGCUCAAAUUCUUGAUACUUUGAAUGAACCAACUGUUCAACAACAAGAAUCUCCUCCAUGUCCCUCUUUAAACAUAAAAGAUUAUGAAAAGAUGCUUGAAGAUGACCCCUUUCAACUUAUGAUGAAAAUCAUUUCGAAAGAGAUUCAUUUCUCUGACACUAAACAAAUUAGCACCAAGACUUCUGAGUCUUCAACAUCUACUCCUCUUCCCAUGUUGAUCAACCAACUGAAGGAGCUUAUAUUUUCAGUGGACUUAAUCGAAGCAUUACCGUCGAACACCUUUCUGAGCAAUCAAAUUCGGAAGGUAAUGGAUGAGAUUGAGGUUCAUCAAGAUAAACUCAAAGCUUACCGAGAUAUAGGAGUUGGAAAUUUCUGUUAUUGGUACAAUGAUCUUACUUCAACCAUAGAUCAAAUAAAAAAUUCAAAACUCUUUAUAUUCCAACUUGAAGCUGAUCAGGAGGAAAUUAGACAAAAGUUAAUGAAAACUCGAAGCAAGUAUGAUGGUGCUAUUGCUGCAGUUUUGAUGGGGGCUUCGAGACGUUGUGAAAUCAAGAAUGAAAUUCAAUCACUCAAGCAACAAAUUUCUGAGCUUGAGAAGGAAGAUGCUUUGAUUAUUGAGGAAGAACUUAAAUGUGAGGAUCAAAAGAGAAACAUCAUUGAGGAAAUCAAAGUCUUAUCUAAAGAGGCUCUUGAGAAAGGUAAAGAAACUGCUGCCCUCCAGAAAAAGAAGAAGAAGCAUGAAUCUGUACUUGAAGCUCUUCGAAAGACUUAUGAAGAGAUGAAGUUCAAGCAAACUUUUUAGUCUAUAAUCUGUGGUUUUCCUUUCUAAGAGUUGGUCUUGUGAAUCUCUUGUACAUAUUUGAAGCCUAUAACACUUUUUUAAAUUUUUCUAUAAAGCUUUUGAUGGAACUGCCCUGAAA